CUGCCAGAUGCAGAAGGUGCCACCUUCAUCUGGACUUUCCGGCGCUGGAGCUCGGGAUCGAAGUCGACCGCAGCGAAUGGCGAUAUUGCCCGCAUCUACUCCAUUGCCGUUAACAACACCAGAAAUACCGGCGCUUUGGGCUGCAAGGCAUGUCCUUUGGGCGUUGAAGGUCUCAUAUGCAGGCCGUGUGGCCCGGGGUUCUUCUUCGCUUUGCUAAAAAACACAACUUCGAAUGGCACCGUCUCAGCAUGUGCCCCCUGUCCAAACGGGACCAUUGCUGUGAGUGACGCCACUUCUGCCAUGACCGUGGAGCAGGCCUGCAGACCCUGUCCACCCGGCACUGUACCCGGUUCAGGACCAUUCUGUGUGACCGAUUUAAACCCCCUCUCUCCGGUUGGCCAAGUUUACAAUUUGACGAACCUCAUGAGUGAGAUGAGUGUACAAGGAGUCCGACUAUUCACCUCACAGGGGAACGCAUAUAUUCACAACUUUAAGUUUCAUCUGAAUACCGGUAGCCUGCAAAAUCAGGUGCACUGUAUCAACGAUGACCAGCCCAAUCGGAACGUGACUGCUUGGAUAUGCAAAGAGACACUCAUUCCAAAACCACACAGUGGAAAUCAAACCGAAACCUUUUUCCGCAUCGCGCCAAUCAGGCGCCGAAAAUCGGGCCCUUUUGUCACGCACACUGGAAAGCAAACAGAGCAAUGUUGUUGUUUUAUGCUGGCCUAUUUGUCUGCUUUGUUCCUCUUUGAAGCCAUGGCGUGUAUCCUCAAGAAGUUCCACAAAAAUUAG